AUGCCGAUUGAAAUUGGUCUUCUAUCAACUCAGCAGGAUUCUUUUGACCAUCACGAAGAACUAAGCAAACUUCUUACUGAAACUGAUGUCUUCUAUGUUCCCCUACGGAAUGAACUAAAUGAAAACAAGUUAAAUGCAUACCGUGAUCUAACCGAUUUAACCAAGCGGUUUGACGAAGAUCUUUCAAACAAACAUUUAGUUGUGACUUUUCGUGAUAUUGGUUAUUCCUUGUUUCUCGAUUCAGUACAAAGUGUUCCGGAUGAAAGUGAUCAAUCAAAAAUUAAAGUUUCGGGAAAGAUGAUCGUCGAUGGAAUAUGUAUACAAUUCUUGGGCUGUUUUGAUUAUAAUCAUACAGAUCAAAAGCAGCAGUCUAGCAGCCAAAUCAUACAAAUCAACGGUGUUGGAAGGGUCCAGUUAGAUGAAGGAUACUAUCGAGAAUUAUCAUCAUCGCAGACUUUACCCGAACAUAAAGUUAAAGAAGACGAGCACAAAGAAGAAACGACACUGAAAUCAAUUGUCAAAGCUAAAACACGGUCUUCAACUACGAAAACAAAAGAUAAAGUCGAAGGUAAUCGGCCUAAAACACGUUCAACAGCAACAAGCGAAGUCGUCGUACCAAAGGAACAAACAAAUCGUUUGGACAGUCCUCCGUCGAAUGCUACUCUUCCAUCACAAUCACAUUCAUCUACUUCCACAACACGGUCACGAAUGCGUUCACCAACUCAUAUGCCUUAUCCUCAUCGGUCACCGAGAACUAAGCAGCAUCGCACUUUGUCACCAGUAGAUUUCAUAAAUUCAUCCUUAUCGACUCGUUCAGAAGGACAUUCUUCUCUUAUUUCUACGGGUUCGUCAACGUAUCCCGAUUAUUCUCAAUUAACUCCUUCAUUAACCACAUCACAAUCCAUCGAAUACUCUCACGCUCAUCGUUUACAAAUUCUUUCUCAACAGCCUCAUUUCCCUUCACCUACAAUCGGUCAAUCGACUAUACCGAUACAAAUUCCAACACCGUCAAAUAGUAUCCUCUCUCCCGGAUCGCUGCCACAGUUAACCAGUCUCUUUCUGCUGCCGCAAUCUCAAUCAUUACCAACAUAUAUACUUCCAAACUUUUCUAAUCUAAGCACAGGAGCAGCGCCAUCUGCUACAAAUCCAUCUGGUACUCCAUUUGAUUUCACGCCCAUACCAAGCAAUACAAGUUUGUUAUUAAUUGCGAAUCCGAACCAACAUCCCACACAACCCAUACAUAUCUUGACACCAAUCGAUCAUCGUUCAUUACAAUUUGCACAUUAUACCACAGCGAAUAUAUUUUCUCAACCUCCUACACCUUCUUAUACGGUGGCAUCGACACCAUCAUUAUCCUCACGUAUCAGCAAUAUUCUUCAACCAACAUUAACGAACGAUUCCUUAUCGAUGUUUCAUAACAAACGACAUGACAGUGAAGAAGAAAAACACGUUCAACAACCGAUCGACUCAAGCAAACAAUCGACUGGACAAUUACCGUUUAAAAAACGACGCUAUACUGGUCACCAAACACGAAUGGCUAAUGUUCACAAUGAUGAUGAUGAUGAUGUAUCUGAUGAAUCUGUGAAAAAGUAA